GUCUCGAAUAUCAACUUGUUGAGAAUUGAUUCUGAGGUCUUGUUGAGCUGAUAGUCGGCCAACAAUUACCCCCGGUUAUUCUCAACAGCUUCUUUUCACUAUAAAUAUGUGACUUAAAUUCAUAUUGACAUAUCAAAAGCAAACAUAAACUAUAGAAAAAUGCCUGGCGUCCUCGAUACAACUCGCAACUUUUCUCUCUACAGUAUCCCGGCAGCAUGGCUCUUGGCUUUCGUCCCUCAUAUGUACGCUAUCUGCUCGUCUGAAGCCUUUGACAAAUGCUCCCCCAGAGACUUUCCAAAGAGUCUUGAGGCCGAUCAGAGCCUCGAGAUGGCUAAAAAGAAACGAAUUCGCCGAACCCACGCUGCCGCAGCCAAUGGCUUCGAAAAUGUCGGGCUUUUUGCUUCCGCAGUCGUAGCUGGAAAUGUCGCGGGUCUUUCCCACUCAACACUGAAUGGCCUUACUGGGGCAUAUGUAAUCAGUCGUGUGGUUUAUAAUUUCAUCUAUAUAAACAAUGAGAGUAACGGGGCCGCAACAGCAAGAGUUGUGGUUUGGUUUUCCGGAAUUUUACUGAAUUUCACAUUGUUCAUCAAAAGUGGAAGGAUCUUGACAAAUAAGACUCCAAACUUAUUGUAAAUGGAUGAGAGGGCUUAUGAAUGACAUGGAUCUGCGAAGUUUUGAGCUUGGUCAUAUCGGACUGUACAUACUGUGUAGUAUAUUAAAAGUAAUAAUUGAAAGUCGACACGGAAUCAUUCAAUUAACACGAUA